AUGCUGUCCGACUUCUUCGGAUUUGCUCAGAUACCAUCAGAUAUACUACCAGACGGCAUUAUGUUCAAACGCCAGGUCGCGACCGGCCUCAGUGUUGGCACCAGCCUGCCCACCACCGACCUGACUGCCAUCACCAAUGCUGCCGGAGGCGUCACCAGCGGCGUCAACGCAAUUACUUCUCAGACCACUCCCACGGCCACUCCCACGACCGCUCCACCGCCUAGCGAUACCACUCCAACAGUAGUUGCGCCGACCACUGCGACGCCUGCACCUUCGCCGACCGAUAAUACUGCGACACGGACACAACAAACCACCGAGCCGAAUACUACACAACCGCCAAACACCCUAGCGACCACCACCAGGGACGGCACAACCGGCACGACCUCAGCUCAUACGACUGCUACCGGCGCCGACUCGUUCGUCUCCUCCUUGACAGGCACGUCCAGCAAUCUCGUCAUUGUUGGCGGUAGUUCCACUAUCAAUCGUUCGACCUUGUCUUCCGCGACCACCAUCACCUCGCCUCUUGUCGGCUCAGCCACCGUCGCAUCGGUUUACACCUCAUUCUACGUGGGCAGCGAUGGAAAAUCAACGAGCGCUGUCCUCACCACCAGCCGAGUUCUCAGCAGUACUACUGGGUUCGCGACUGCCACCAUCCUGCCUGCACUCCAAAAUAGCGGCGACGGUGACGGCAACGGUAGCCUGUCGCCCAUGAGCAGGAGCGUAAUCGGAGGUGUGGUCGGAGGUAUCGGAGGAGCCAUCCUGCUGGGCGGCCUGGCCAUCGUGGCAUGGAGGUUGUGGGGCAAGAAGAAGAGCCAACGGGAGUCUCUCACACAAGAGGACUACCUGAACCAAGGUCGUUCGGACUACUCGCGAGGAAACAGCUUUGGCGCGGAAAAGAGGAUCAGCCCACUGAGCUCGAGUUACGGAGGUAUGAGUCCCGGCGCGGCCUCGACAUAUACGAAUCCCAACGGGAAGGUCAACACCGCCAGCAAUUUCUAA